GACAUUGGACAACUGGAAAAUGAUACCGGAGAAGUAGUCGUUGGGAACAAAGAGAUGGCAGACGAACUGAAUGUUUUUUUGCAUCAGUUUCACAGUGAAAGACACAGCACCAUGCCAGAAUUUCAAGAGAGUCAGGGGGCAGAAAUGAGUGCAGUUGCUAUUCAUGAGGAGAAGGUGUCGGGAAGCUAAAAGAUUGAAGGUGGAUAGGUCACCUGGACAAGAUUCAUUGCACCCGAGGGCUCUGAAAAAGAUCGCUGUAAAGGUUGUAGAGGCAUUAGUAGUGACGUUUCAAGAAACAUUAGAGUCACUAGAGUGGGGCCCAAAUGAAUGUGCUGGCACGAACUCAAUGGGCCGAGUGGCUCUUGUUCGUGCGUAAAAUGCAUUUAAAAAAGAUUACGUGAUUCUGCGCUUCCAUAAGUGUCUGGUUAUGAUCUGCAAGAUAUGGAAUUGGGAAACUUGUGUUUAUUUAAACUGCGGUGCCCUUUGUGGUAAAUUCCCCUCAGCAGAGAAAGACCAGGAGCCAGUGAGCGGUGCGUGGUGGGGAUUGCUCGCCUGAAGCCAAGGGAAGUUCCCUGCUCUUCCAGACGGGGUUAUAAAGCGGGGCGGCGGAGCCCAGGCUCACAGCUCCAGAGCCUGACGCCCCUUGCAGAAGUGAAAUCAACCUCGGCUUAUGUGUGUGUGUGUCCGAGUGCCGCUGAACCAUGGCUGGAGACAGAUGCGACACAGCCGCUACAAUUACUCUUGCAUUGAUGCUCGCCACAGGAUCCGCCUUCAAGUUGGAGUUAAACCCGUCUAGAAACGUGUGGGCUCGUAUCGGGGACUCGCUGGAGUUGAACUGUGUGGCGAAGAGCUGCUCGUCUCCGACCUUCACGUGGAGAAUCGGGACCGAUAACCCCCUGGGCGGAACAAUCACAACUCGGGGCUCGGUGUCCAAGUUCACCAUCUCCGCGGUUACUACUCAGAACCAACACAAGUACACUUGUUCCGCAAAAUGCGGCGCAGAUGUAAAACGAACAUAUGCCAACCUCAAUAUAUUCUCUCUGUCCGACACACUCAUCGUGGAGACUGUGGGCAGCCUGGAAGUUGGCCAGAGAGGCUCCGUGAGAUGUACGGUCCCCAAAGUCUACCCCGCUCAAGUGGAGGUGGAGUGGCUGAAAGGAACAACAUUGCUGAAGACCGACAGCUUCCGUGACUACACAGAGGAAGAAACGGCGAUGAACUUCACCUACGAACUGACGGCUGAAUUGCGAGACUCGGGACAAGAGCUGACAUGCCGAGUGCAAUUACUCACGGAGAACCAACCACGCAAGGCCGAGGGGUCGCUAACGUUACAGGUUCUCUAUGCUCCCACGGGGAUUGACAUUACUGCAGAGCCCUCUGCCACAGUGAGAGAGGGUCAGGAUGUUCGGCUAACCUGUGCUGCAGACAGCAGCCCCGCUGCCACGAUAGUGUGGAGCAAGUUAUCCGCCGGCAACUGGUCAGUCGUGGCCGAGGACCGAGCGAUUCUGCACCUGUCACCGGCCCUGUUCGGGGACACGGGAAUGUACCGCUGUGAAGCCGGCAAUAAACUGGGGACAAUCACCAAGGAGGUGGAAUUCCACGUUCAAGGUAGCCCCAGGGACACCACUCUCUCCAUCACCCCCUCUGCUGUGAAGGAAGGAGACAGGGUCACGUUCAGCUGCACAACCCAGUCCAACCCCCCUGCCCACCUUGUACUGAGGAGGCAGUCAUCGAGCGGAUGGAGCGAGCUAGACUCUGAGAAUGGGACAUUGACAAUCCGUGAUGUCCAGCCAGCUGAUGCAGGGCUGUAUCAAUGUGAGGCCAUUAAUGCUCUGGGGAAGCAGAUCAACAUCACCAAACUCCAGGUUCAAGGUAGCCCCAGGGACACCACUCUCUCCAUCACCCCCUCUGCUGUGAAGGAAGGAGACAGGGUCACGUUCAGCUGCACAACCCAGUCCAACCCCCCUGCCCACCUUGUACUGAGGAGGCAGUCAUCGAGCGGAUGGAGCGAGCUAGACUCUGAGAAUGGGACAUUGACAAUCCAUGAUGUCCAGCCAGCUGAUGCAGGGCUGUAUCAAUGUGAGGCCAUUAAUGCUCUGGGGAAGCAGAUCAACAUCACCAAACUCCAGGUUCAAGGUAGCCCCAGGGACACCACUCUCUCCAUCACCCCCUCUGCUGUGAAGGAAGGAGACAGGGUCAUGUUCAUCUGCACAACCCAGUCCAACCCCCCUGCCCACCUUGUACUGAGGAGGCAGUCAUCGAGCGGAUGGAGCGAGCUAGACUCUGAGAAUGGGACAUUGACAAUCCGUGAUGUCCAGCCAGCUGAUGCAGGGCUGUAUCAAUGUGAGGCCAUUAAUGCUCUGGGGAAGCAGAUCAACAUCACCAAACUCCAGGUUCAAGGUAGCCCCAGGGACACCACUCUCUCCAUCACCCCCUCUGCUGUGAAGGAAGGAGACAAUAUCACGUUCAGCUGCACAACCCAGUCCAACCCCCCUGCCCAGCUUGUACUGAAGAGGCAGUCAUCGAGUGGAUGGAGCGAGCUAGACUCUGAGAAUGGGACAUUGACAAUACAUGAUGUCCAGCCAGCUGAUGCAGGGCUGUAUCAAUGUGAGGCCACUAAUGCUCUGGGGAAGCAGAUCAACAUCACCAAACUCCAGGUUCAAGGUAGCCCCAGGGACACCACUCUCUCCAUCACCCCCUCUGCUGUGAAGGAAGGAGACAGGGUCACAUUCAGCUGCACAACCCAGUCCAACCCCCCUGCCCAACUUGUACUGAGGAGGCAGUCAUCGAGCGGAUGGAGCGAGCUAGACUCUGAGAAUGGGACAUUGACAAUCCGUGAUGUCCAGCCAGCUGAUGCAGGGCUGUAUCAAUGUGAGGCCACUAAUGCUCUGGGGAAGCAGAUCAACAUCACCAAACUCCAGGUUCAAGGUAGCCCCAGGGACACCACUCUCUCCAUCACCCCCUCUGCUGUGAAGGAAGGAGACAGGGUCACGUUCAGCUGCACAACCCAGUCCAACCCCUCUGCCCACCUUGUACUGAGGAGGCAGUCAUCGAGCGGAUGGAGCGAGCUAGACUCUGAGAAUGGGACAUUGACAAUCCGUGAUGUCCAGCCAGCUGAUGCAGGGCUGUAUCAAUGUGAGGCCACUAAUGCUCUGGGGAAGCAGAUCAACAUCACCAAACUCCAGGUUCAAGGUUUGUGUGGAAGCAGCCCCAGGGACACCACUCUCUCCAUCACCCCCUCUGCUGUGAAGGAAGGAGACAGGGUCACGUUCAGCUGCACAACCCAGUCCAACCCCCCUGCCCACCUUGUACUGAAGAGGCAGUCAUCGAGCGGAUGGAGCGAGCUAGAUUCUGAGAAUGGGACAUUGACAAUCCGUGAUGUCCAGCCAGCUGAUGCAGGGCUGUAUCAAUGUGAGGCCACUAAUGCUCUGGGGAAGCAGAUCAACAUCACCAAACUCCAGGUUCAAGGUAUCCCCAGGGACACCACUCUCUCCAUCACCCCCUCUGCUGUGAAGGAAGGAGACAAUAUCACGUUCAGCUGCACAACCCAGUCCAACCCCCCUGCCCAGCUUGUACUGAAGAGGCAGUCAUCGAGCGGAUGGAGCGAGCUAGACUCUGAGAAUGGGACAUUGACAAUCCGUGAUGUCCAGCCAGCUGAUGCAGGGCUGUAUCAAUGUGAGGCCACUAAUGCUCUGGGGAAGCAGAUCAACAUCACCAAACUCCAGGUUCAAGGUAGCCCCAGGGACACCACUCUCUCCAUCACCCCCUCUGCUGUGAAGGAAGGAGACAGGGUCACGUUCAGCUGCACAACCCAGUCCAACCCCCCUGCCCACCUUGUACUGAGGAGGCAGUCAUCGAGCGGAUGGAGCGAGCUAGACUCUGAGAAUGGGACAUUGACAAUCCGUGAUGUCCAGCCAGCUGAUGCAGGGCUGUAUCAAUGUGAGGCCACUAAUGCUCUGGGGAAGCAGAUCAACAUCACCAAACUCCAGGUUCAAGGUUUACAUAAUGAUAUGAAUAGAUCAGGAAGCCCCAGGGACACCACUCUCUCCAUCACCCCCUCUGCUGUGAAGGAAGGAGACAAUAUCACGUUCAGCUGCACAACCCAGUCCAACCCCCCUGCCCACCUUGUACUGAAGAGGCAGUCAUCGAGCGGAUGGAGCGAGCUAGACUCUGAGAAUGGGACAUUGACAAUCCGUGAUGUCCAGCCAGCUGAUGCAGGGCUGUAUCAAUGUGAGGCCACUAAUGCUCUGGGGAAGCAGAUCAACAUCACCAAACUCCAGGUUCAAGGUAGCCCCAGGGACACCACUCUCUCCAUCACCCCCUCUGCUGUGAAGGAAGGAGACAGGGUCACGUUCAGCUGCACAACCCAGUCCAACCCCCCUGCCCACCUUGUACUGAAGAGGCAGUCAUCGAGUGGAUGGAGCGAGCUAGACUCUGAGAAUGGGACAUUGACAAUCCGUGAUGUCCAGCUAGCUGAUGCAGGGCUGUAUCAAUGUGAGGCCACUAAUGCUCUGGGGAAGCAGAUCAACAUCACCAAACUCCAGGUUCAAGGUAGCCCCAGGGACACCACUCUCUCCAUCACCCCCUCUGCUGUGAAGGAAGGAGACAGGGUCACGUUCAGCUGCACAACCCAGUCCAACCCCCCUGCCCACCUUGUACUGAAGAGGCAGUCAUCGAACGGAUGGAGCGAGCUAGACUCUGAGAAUGGGACAUUGACAAUCCGUGAUGUCCAGCCAGCUGAUGCAGGGCUGUAUCAAUGUGAGGCCACUAAUGCUCUGGGGAAGCAGAUCAACAUCACCAAACUCCAGGUUCAAGGUAGCCCCAGGGACACCACUCUCUCCAUCACCCCCUCUGCUGUGAAGGAAGGAGACAAUAUCAUGUUCAGCUGCACAACCCAGUCCAACCCCCCUGCCCACCUUGUACUGAGGAGGCAGUCAUCGAGUGGAUGGAGCGAGCUAAACUCUGAGAAUGGGACAUUGACAAUCCAUGAUGUCCAGCUAGCUGAUGCAGGGCUGUAUCAAUGUGAGGCCACUAAUGCUCUGGGGAAGCAGAUCAACAUCACCAAACUCCAGGUUCAAGGUAGCCCCAGGGACACCACUCUCUCCAUCACCCCCUCUGCUGUGAAGGAAGGAGACAGGGUCACGUUCAGCUGCACAACCCAGUCCAACCCCCCUGCCCACCUUGUACUGAAGAGGCAGUCAUCGAGCGGAUGGAGCGAGCUAGACUCUGAGAAUGGGACAUUGACAAUCCGUGAUGUCCAGCCAGCUGAUGCAGGGCUGUAUCAAUGUGAGGCCACUAAUGCUCUGGGGAAGCAGAUCAACAUCACCAAACUCCAGGUUCAAGAAAAAAUAACUGAUAUCGCAACUCCUGCCGAGAUUCCUCCGGGUGUUCUGGAAACAUUAUGCACAGGAGCCGCACUUGCAUCAGCAGGACUGAUAUUUACUGCUCUGUUUUAUGCCUUUCGCAGAAGCUUGAAAGAAUCUUACAAUAUAGCAGGAGAGAUACUGUGAAGUGUAAACAAAGGAUCAAAGGAAUGGACAUUCACACUUCUAGCACCGAUCAAUCUCUGGGACUGUGCUGCUAGGGGCAGGGAGUUGGGAAAUGAAGGUGUUGGGUUAUAACACGAUUCAAAAUAUUACCAACAGCUGCUAUCUAAAAAGUGUACAGUAGACAAACUUAGGGCACUUUAUUGUAUAUAAUUCUCUGUAAUUUGAAUUUGCUGGUGUUCUUGUGAGGAAUAGUACUGUGCUAAGGAAAUAGUGCACAAACAAUUCACUUCAAAAAGUUCUCUGGCCUAAAAUGCAUUUUCGAUAUCUCUCUCCCAUGUGCCAAGUACAAUUCAAACUAUUAGCAUUCUUCAGUGAAACAGAUCUAUUUUUUUCAGAUGCAAAAUGGUGCUGGACUUGAUCCCAUCCUUCCCCUGUGGGGAAUGGGAGGCCAUAUGUGAGCCAGGAGCAAGGCACUUUACACUUACUGUUCUACUGUCUAUGGAUCAACAAUUAUUUGACCUCCUACGGCGAUGCUGGUGAUUAUCUGUAUAUAUAUAUUUUUUAAAUGCUGCUGCAUUCUUCCUAGAACGUUUGAACCACUUUUGCAAUGCAUUCCCUACACAUUGAACUGGGACAUCUUCCAUUGUGGCUGAAUCUCGGAACUGUGUGCUGGUUUAGGUACUGAACUCUCAGCUGAGGACUAUUGAUCAGUGACUCCGUUUUCUGAAGCUGGAACUGGAAAUCCAAACCAAAUGAAUUGUACUCAUUGAACUAAACUAUUGUUAAAGUCAAUUACUGUCCCCACAUGUUAUUUCAAUCAUUUUUUCACCUAAUGUCAAAGCCUUCAAGAACAGAUUAAACAAAUUAAUUACAAUAUUAUUUAUGUUUUGACUGAAUACACCUCUCAAAUUAAGUAAUUUAAAAUAUUAGCAAAGAUUUUUCACAAUUAGAAUAUAAUAUUGUCAACUUUACUGUUGUCAACAUUUGAGAAUAAUAAGUUUCCAACGUUAAAACCAGGAAUUUCAGUGACAUUUGCAAUAAUUUUAAACAAAGUCCAGUUCCAGUACAUUUUGCAAUGCUGUCAGUCCAGGAAAGAUUGCAUGUCUAGAAUGAAUGAUUUGGCUGGUUCUAAAAGCGAGUGAAUAUCUGAGAACUUGUGUGGACACUUGUACUACUGAUUAUAUUGACUAAUGUUGCGGGUUUUAAUAAACUGUAUAAUUAUCUGA